AUGAAAUCUUUCAUUCUGCUUUGUGCCCUGGCGGCCAGCGCGAUGGCAGUACCAGCGCCUCAUAACUAUCAAUUACAUGAGCGUCGUGAUUUCAUCCCAAAAUCUUGGGUUGAAGGCAAUAAGCUUAACGGAAAUGUGUCACUACCUGUGCGAAUCGGGUUGACCCAGUCUAACCUAGACUAUGGUCAUGAGCUACUUAUGGACUUGUCUAACCCCUCCUCGAGCCGCUACGGACAGCACCUGUCCAUCGAUGAAGUGCACGACCUGUUCGCCCCCACUGAAAAGAGUGUGAAUGGUGUGCGUGCUUGGCUGGAGUCGGCUGGUAUUUCAAAAGACCGCAUCACGCAGUCAGCGAACAAGCAAUGGAUCCGGUUUGACGCCGAUGCCAAGGAGCUCGAGAGCUUACUGCACACAAAGUACUAUGUCUACUCACAUGUUGAAACGGGUCGAUCGCACGUGGCCUGUGGCGAAUAUCAUCUCCCGAGCUCUGUGCGUGAGCAUGUCGACUAUAUAACCCCGGGAAUCUCUCUGCGCGAGGUGACUGGUGUCCGGAGAUCGAAUGAGAAGCAGAAACGCUUCGCUGAUGGGAUUCCCCCUAUCAUUGAGCCGAUCCCCCUACCAAUUGAGACACUGUCGAGUGAGGCUUCGUCCUUUUGCGCCCAGGCUAUCACACCCCAAUGUAUUCAACAGAUGUAUCGUAUCAGCGAGGGUCACUCUGCCACAGAAGAAAAUGAACUAGGAAUCUUUGAGGGCAUUGGGGAUGUCUAUGCUCAGGAAGAUCUAAAUUUAUUCUUCUCGAGAUUGUACUCGAAAAUUCCCAAUGGCACACACCCAAGUCUGAAGUCAAUCGAUGGUGGUCAGGCCCCUGCAAACACCUUCAAUGCUGGGGCUGAAUCAGAUCUGGACUUUCAAAUCUCCUACCCGAUUAUCUGGCCACAAAACUCCAUCCUUUUCCAAAGCGAUGAUAUGUAUUACGAGCAUCAUUGUAGGUUCCAAGGAUUCCUCAAUACGUUCCUGGAUGCCAUUGACGGUUCGUACUGCAGUACCAUUUCGCCGUUGGACCCUCCAUACCCCGAUCCGAAUGAUGGAGGCUACAAGGGCUCCCUGCAAUGUGGCGUGUACGACCCACCCAAGGUCAUCUCGAUUUCCUAUGGCUCCGCUGAGGCAGACCUACCCAUUUCCUAUCAGCGGCGACAAUGUGCCGAGUUCAUGAAGCUAGGUACAAUGGGAGUCUCAGUAGUGGUCGCUUCGGGUGAUUCUGGCGUGGCUGGACGUGGAGGUGACCCCACCCCCAGCAACUGCCUUGGCCCAGAUGGCAGAAUCUUUACUCCAGAUUUCCCUGCCUCCUGUCCAUAUCUUACUGCAGUGGGAGGUACUGAAAUCCCCACCGGUUCUUCACCGGAGGAUCACAAGGAGCAGGCCGUGACUAGGUUCGCGUCAGGGGGCGGGUUCAGCAACAUCUAUAAGGCGCCUGAUUAUCAGGCCCAGGCUGUUGCCGAUUACUUUGACUUGGCCAAGCCCUCAUACCCAUACUAUGAGAGCGUGGAAAACAGCAGCUUCGGUGAGAAUAACGGUAUCUACAACCGGAUCGGGCGUGCCUAUCCAGAUGUGGCUGCUAUUGGUGACAAUGUCAUCAUUUAUAAUAGGGGGAUGGCCGUGUCGAUUGGUGGGACAUCGGCCUCUGCACCUGUGUUUGCUGCAAUCCUCACCCGCAUCAACGAGGAGCGACUGGCCGCUGGCAAGUCCGCUGUUGGUUUUGUUAACCCUGUAUUGUACGCUCACCCGGAGGCAUUUUUUGACGUGACCAAGGGCACAAAUGCGGGUUGCAGGACCGACGGGUUCUCUGCGGCCAAGGGGUGGGAUCCAGUGACCGGAUUGGGUACUCCUAACUAUCCAGAACUUCUGAGGGUUUUCAUGGGCCAGUAG